AAAAGAAACAAACUGUCAACCUUUAUUUCGGGAUCAUCCCAAGAGUGCCUACGUUAAUUCACAAAGAACCUUUCACAGAAUAUGCAAUGUAAUGAAAUUUCACAUUUGUUUUCCAUCCUAUAUAAACCCGACCAGUAACUACUACUGAUUCAUAUCAGAUAAUUUACACAACUAUAUAACUCAUUUCAAUUCUCUUAUCAAAGAUGUGGAUCAACAAGUUUUUCUUCCUUCUUCCAGUUGUAUGCAUGGCCGUGUUCAGUACAGCUCAAACGGUUCCUUCGCAACCUCCACAGGACCCAUCAGAUUGUUUGUCAUCGCUGGAAACUAUCCCGGACUGCAUUCCAGAGAUAUUCAGAUCGAUAAUAAGUGGACAGAUCGGGAGUAUUGGACACUCUUGCUGCCAUGCCUUUUUGGGUAUCAGUACCGAAUGUGCCUCCCAUGUGUUUGUCUUCGCUCCCUUCUUCCCUCCGACUCUAAGGGAUCAUUGUUCGCGACAUUACUAGUGCCUAACUCCUUUCGAGUCUUUGUCUCAAGGGGUUUAUUUUUAUCAUUCUGCAUGUUCUAAGGCCAUACAUAAUGUUUCUGCUUAAUAGAAAAACAACAACUCCUUAUUAGACAUAAAUAUUAACUUCCAUGUAAACACUCCGACCAUCUUUAUCCAUAUAUAUUUCUUGUUAAUAUAAA